AUGGCUACUUCUUUCUCUUCUUCUACUGUUCAUUUUCUUUUUCUACUUCUGUUCGUCUUUAUUUCUUUCUCGAAUGCUCAGCCACCUACGAACGCUGGUAUAAUCUUCGACCUUGAGAGAGAUCCAUCAACACUCCAAUAUAUGGUCAAAAUCAUCCAAGGAACUCCGCAAGCCGAAGUGAAACUAGUAGUCGAUCUUGCUGGUGGGGAAUUACCCUGGUUUAAUUGUCAUGAGGGAUACGAUUCAUCAUCGAUGGAACCAAUUAUCUGCACGUCACCCAUAUGCUUCCAUGCAGACAAACCAGUCGGUACAUGUGCUGAGCCUGAUAGCGAAACAUGUAGCAUCAACGUAAGAAACCCAGUAACUCGGUCUAUCGGGCAAGGUGAGCUCAUUUCAGAUAUUGUGACUGUUACAUCAAACCCUGACAGCCAGGCGACACCCGUUCCUUCGAGUCGUAGUUUUGCAUUUGGUUGUGCAGCUAGUAGUAAUAUCUUAGCUGGACUUGCUACAACCUCUAAAGGAGUUGCUGGUCUUGGGCGUGCAUCAGCUCUUUCUCUACCUUCACAAUUUGCUGAUGGUUUUCAAUUCCCAAAUAUAUUUGCUGUGGAUUUACACGAUAGUAUUGCCGAUGAAAAAGUAUUUGAAACAAGUGGUAAGAUUUAUUUUGGGGGUGGACCUUACAUUCAUUUUUCCUGA